UUUCUGACGAUGAUUCUUAUUUUUGUGUUCACGUUUUGAAGCGAGUGUACUUUGUUGAACGUCUCUGGCCGCACACAGGUGGUACCAGUGAGUGGACUAGUUCUUUUUGCAUGGACCGGUUCCCCAGGUGGGUGGAUAUUUAAUUUAGGGCCCAAUGAAGUCUACAAUGUGCACACCCCGCCCAUUGAUACAAGGCUCCAAUCUACUAGCCUACUGUGGAGGCUCAGACUGUCGUAAUGUCGGAGCCCAAGGCACUCACCCCGACUCCGGCUGGAGACACAUACAAAGGAUGGCUAUUCAAAUGGACAAAUUACAUCAAGGGCUACCAGCGACGAUGGUUCGUCUUGAGCAACGGUUUACUAUCCUACUACAGGACACAGGCAGAGAUGGGCCACACGUGCCGUGGCACCAUCAACCUGGCUACGGCCAACAUUGCGGUGGAGGACUCGUGCAACUUUGUCAUCUCUAACGGCGGGGCACAAACCUACCACCUGAAGGCCAGCUCUGAGGUGGAGCGGCAGCGCUGGAUCACUGCCCUGGAGCUGGCCAAGGCCAAGGCUGUCCGCAAUCAGGCCGAGUCUGACGACUCUGGUGAUGAGUGUCCCACGUCACCCCCUACCUCGGGACAGGGCGGAGGGGCUCGUAACUCUAACUCAGAGGUACAGUCCACACUACGCACUCUGGGCAGCAAGGUGGAAGACCUGAGCACCUGCAACGACCUCAUCGCCAAGCACGGCUCUGCCCUCCAAAGGUCCCUGUCAGAGCUGGAGGGGGUGCGGCUGGGAGGCGACACGGAUGGCAAGAUCCGGCAGGUGACAGAGAGAGCAACGUUGUUCCGCAUCACCUCCAACGCCAUGAUCAACGCGUGCAGAGACUUCCUGUCCCUGGCCCAGGCCCACAGUAAACGGUGGCAGAAAGCCUUGCAUUCGGAGCGGGACCAGAGGAUAAGGCUGGAGGAAACAUUGGAGCAGCUAGCCAAGCAGCACAACCACCUGGAGAGGGCCUUUAGAGGGGCCACCGUACUGCCCCUCUCCCAGAGCAACCCCGCCUUGGACAGCAAGAGUUCGGGCUCAGUAAAGGGUGACGCGAGCGAUGAGGAUGAUGAGAACGAGUUCUUUGACGCUAUGGAGGACCCGGCGGGGUUCAUUACUGUACCGGCCGACCCCAAGUAUCAUAGAAGGUCAGGAAGUAACGUCAGUGGUCUCAGCACUGAGACUGGGAUUGAUGACCAAUCACUUUGUGACGAGCAGUCGUUGGGGUCCAAUCCGGAGUCGCCGCAGUCCCUGGAGGUUGAGCCAGUGAGGAAGAGGCGGACCAAAAUCCCAGACAAGCCCAACUAUUCUCUGAACCUCUGGAGCAUCAUGAAGAACUGCAUCGGCAAGGAGCUCUCCAAGAUCCCCAUGCCUGUGAACUUCAACGAACCAAUUUCCAUGCUCCAGCGUCUAUCCGAGGACUUGGAGUACUACGAGCUCCUAGACAAGGCAGCUAAAUGCCAGAGCUCUCUGGAGCAGCUGUGCUACGUGGCUGCCUUCACCGUAUCAUCCUACUCCACUACGGUCCACCGCACAGGGAAACCCUUCAACCCCCUACUGGGGGAGACCUACGAACUGGACCGGCUGAGGGAGAGCGGCUACCGCUCACUGUGUGAACAGGUGAGUCACCACCCGCCUGCAGCGGCUCAUCAUGCCAUCUCAGAGAGAGGCUGGACCCUCCGACAGGAGAUCUCCCUCGCCAGCAAGUUCAGGGGGAAAUACCUCUCCAUCAUGCCUCUGGGUUCUAUCCAAUGUAUGUUUGAGAAGAGCAACAAUCACUACUCGUGGAAGAAAGUUACUACAACAGUACACAACAUCAUUGUGGGCAAAUUGUGGAUCGACCAGUCGGGCGAGAUAGACGUGGUGAACCACCGGACCGGCGACCGCUGCCAUCUCAAGUUCGCCCCGUACAGCUACUUCUCCAGAGACGUGGCCAGGAAGGUGACUGGUGUGGUGGCAGACAAGGAGGGUAAGGCCCACUAUGUGCUGUCAGGGACGUGGGAUGAGAAGAUUGAGUUCUCCAGGGUGAUGCAGAGUAAUAAGGGCGAGAACGGCACCGAGGGCAAACAGAAGACCGUCUACCAGACGCUCAAAGCCAAGGAGCUCUGGAAGAAGAACCCACUACCUGAGGGUGCGGAGACCAUGUACUACUUCUCGUCGCUGGCACUGACGCUCAACGAGCCCGAGGAGGGCGUGGCGCCCACCGACAGCCGGCGACGGCCCGACCAGCAGCUGAUGGAGGCGGGCCGGUGGGACGAGGCCAACGCCGAGAAGCAACGGCUGGAGGAGAAGCAGAGGAGCGUCCGCCGCGAGAGGGAGCGAGAGGCCCAGCAGGCAGCCAACCUGCCUGAGGAGGGGGCAGAGGGGGUGGAAGUAGCGGAGGACGCUGUCAUUGAGGACUCUUUCAUCACUGACUCGCCUUUGAAAAGCAAGUACUCCUCUCUUCCCCCUAUUGUCUCACUACCUUUACUAUCACACACACACACAAUCCGUUCCACUUUUCACACGGUAGGUGUAUGUAAUCAUUCUGACGAGCCAUCAUAUCCCACUUUCUUUAUUCAUCUAUCCAUCCUUGGUUUGUGCUGUGUUCAGCCGAUGCAGUGGAGAUUGGUACGGAAGCGAGCCAGGCUUCAGACGAAAGCAAGUACCACAAACUCCCCCCUUUCCUCCGUCCAUCUGUGUCCUUAUAGCGCACUUCCUCGUUUUCUCCACCCUUUUGCUCUCUUAUUCCCUCUCCUUCUGACACUUGAUCCUGCUAUCACUUUCCGUUUAGUGUGUGUAUACAAAGGUAGUUAGCUAGCUUUUUUUGUGUCGCAAAUAUGCUUGUCAAUCAAUACCGUGUUCAUUAGUGCACAAAAUGUUUUGCAACAAAACUCUUAUUUGACAAGUUCAGGUAGUCCCUUCUUGUUUUGGAAUGUUUGUCUACCUAAGAUGUCUAGUGAAUACGACCCAGAUUUCCAGGCUAUGCCUAGAAAUGACUUAUUGUGCUGUGAAAUUCACCUUUGAAUUCUAAUACUCGAGGAAUGUUUAAAUUGAUAUGCAGCAAUGUCCUGUGGUAGCAAACAGCUCAGUAGCGUAGUUAAAAUAGGCUAGCUUAAAUUUUUCACAUCACACCAGUAAGUAUCAUAGUAUAUUAAAUACAUUUAUUUGGUUAGGUUGCAGGUCCCCCCCCCCCCCCCUCUUCUUUUCAUAAUUUCAUUCCUUUGUCAAUUUUUCAUGUUCCUCUCUCCCCCUUCAGCGGACCCCGACGAUUCUCCACCUCACACUCCAAGCAAGUAGCCCUCUACUCUUUUCCUCUCUAUAUCCCUGUUUUUCUAUCCGCACACUCACAUACUCAUCUGUCAGUCUUCCCUUUUGCAGCCCCACGUGGUCCGCCCCUCUCAGAGUAUCAAAGCAAGUAUUCAUUGUUCGGGACACACACACACACCAUGAUUUAAUUCUCGCACCUUUUUAGAUACAAUUUCCACAUCAGCCAUCAUUCCACCAUCCCUCAUAUUUCCAUUUGUCCCCCCCCCCCCCAGUCGAUGACAUGGAAGGUCAUUAUGGAGCUGCUGUCAAAAGCAAGUAACACCAGUGCUGUUCUUUCUCUCUCUCCUUCUGUCUCUUUCUCUGUUGUUAUUUGUCUGUAGUUUGUCUCCUUCCUCUUAGAAGCUCUAGUAGUUGCAGAGAAAUACUAGUUCCCAAAGUCUUGCGGUGGUCGUAUGUCAAAUCUUGUAGCACUAGAAAUGACAACUCUGGUAACUAUUGUAGCUAUACUGCUGCAAUGUUGUCCUUGUCAUCCUAUUGUUCUAAUGUUCUGCUUCUCCAGGAUCAUACCAAAGAGGGAUGAGCCAAUACUGUCAUAAGCAGUGACUGAAAAACUCCUGACCUCAUCCUUCUUUUAUAUGGUCUUGAUGCAGAAGUCCCUGUCCCAAAGCUUCCAUGGCAGGUCCUCAACAUCUAUGGUUCUUUCAAUGGAUUAAAUGGCUUUCUUUUUCUCUUAUUCCCGUCAGGCGUCCACCAGGACAAC